CAACUUAUUUUCUCCCCGUAAAAUAAUAAAAAUCGAUAGACUUAUCUGUUGCAUAGUCACAGGGACUAUAAAUUGUGAUCGAUUAAUAGAUUGCUACGGGCAUGUUGAUGAUGACUGUCCGUAAGAUGGCGCUAUAAGAAACCAGAGAUGCUAAAGAGCUUGAAACUAGCACCUAUCAAGGGAAGAUGAUGAGCCAGAUUCUGUGUUAUUUCUACAUUUUCGCUUAAUUUUGGGUUCCACGCCGACUUUUGUCGUAAACUAAAGACACCCAUAUGCGGUAGCCGUAUGCAGCUUGGAGGAUUAGUGGGGUUGGCCAUUUUGUACGUCACGUUGGCCUUCUUUUGUUCGAGAGCUGAAGCUUGGCUUUUGCCGUCUGGUCGGAACCCGAAAAUUCCGUGGAAGCGCAGGAUUGCCGGCUUGGAAAUUAAUGUCACCGACGAAGAUGAAGGGAUAGAUGUCUAUGUUGGUGAACCUUGCGAAAACACGUGUAGUAAUAAUUUACACAACAUUUAUUGCAACUUAACAACAAAAAGAUGCGAGUGCCUGAAAGAAUAUCCUGUAAGAGUCAAGAGAAAAGGAUGUGUGAAAGGAGCUAGAUUAUGGGAAAAAUGUGAUUACACAGAAUCUUGCUCCUACUAUAACGACCAUGCCAUGUGUAAUUCGCAUGGAGAAUGUCGCUGUGAAGAGGGCUACAAAAGUUAUUCCGACGAAACGGGGGAAAUGUGCAUUCCAGGAAAGGGAGAUGGAAUUCUUGAGAAUCCUGAUCUAAUGACAGGGAUAAUGGUUGUUGCUGGAGUAAUGAUUGGAACUGCCCUUUUCUGUCUAGUGCUCAGAUUAUUCAGUAGAGCCCGGUUUGGGAGAAAUAGAGGACGCUUUGGUAAUGCUGCAGAGCUUCCUGUUGUUCUAACUGGAACAGAGGCUCUAGCCUCCAUUCCAUGCUCACGACCGCCAUCUCGUGGCAGCGCUAGCAAUGAAUACCUACCAAGCUCUCGGUCUGCUUCAGUACGUUCCCAUGCUUCGGUUCGAAGCUAUGCCUACAUCAGAAAUCAGUCUCCAAUUCAUAAGUUACGAGGAAAACAUGAAAAGGUUCACGUGCGACGAACAGCGUCGUUACAACAGGACGAACAUUCAAGUCUCCAGUCUCUCAACUAUCAUAAUCCUAAUUCAACCGCAGAAGACCCGAAAACGGAAAGUGUUAUUCCUGAGACAGCAACAAAGGAUGUGUUGACAAAUAACAAGUGAUUGAUAAAUGUGUAAGUUUAGCAGCUUGUGUUUUUAUGUACCUUCAUCUUCGUGGUUUCAACUCAAUCAACCGUGAUCUCUACAGGUUGAGUGGAGCAAAAAAAUAAGAACACAUAAAACCACUGGUGAUUCUGGAAGAAU